AGUCAGUACAGUGAUUUUUUUGCAAUCGAACUGCGAAGAAAGCGAUAGAGCGUUAUCUACUAGUCAAAAUGUCAAUGAUUCCUUACUUUUCCGAUUUAGAAAGGCCGUUCCGUAUGAUGGAGCGCGAAUUCUUCAGACCGAAUGAUUUCUUUGGGUUUUCGCCGUAUCAAGUUGCACAUCGUGAUUUCUUUAACCCGGAACAAUUUUAUAGACCUUGGAACGACGCAUUUCGAUCAAUUGAGAACAUUAUGAGGCCCAUGGAGCAGCUUUCUGCGGCGAUGAACCAGCUGGCGCUGCAAGAAGCAGGAUCAAUCGCGGCAGACGAUGAGAAAUUCCAAGUGAACGUGGAUGUUCAGCAUUUCUCGCCCGAAGAAAUCGAGGUGAAGGUUGUCGACGGACACGUGAUAGUGAGAGGGAAACAUGAAGAGAAGCAAGACGAACAUGGUUACAUUUCCCGCCAAUUCAUCAGGAGGUAUGCUUUACCGCAAGGAUGUUUACCCGACACUGUCGAAUCCAAAUUAUCAUCUGAUGGUGUACUGAUCGUUACCGCACCUAAAGUCCUCGCAUUACCCUCCACUGGUGAAAAAAUUGUGCCAAUUACCCACACAGGACCCAUAAAGAAGCAAUUAGGAUCACCGUGUUUUGAAGCCAAGGACGAAGAAUCAAAGUGAAUGUAAAUAAUGUGGAUAUUUUCUAAGACUGAUUUAAAUUUUGCUAUAAUUUUUAACCGCCUAAGUUGUUAUUCAAAUAUAUUGUUUAAGCAU